AUUAUGACCACGUCCUUCACGACAUCUACGCCUGUCACAACUAUCGCGGAUCCUUCAACGACGUUCACGUCUUUCAGCUCAUACGUUGCUUCUACGACUAUUUUUGACCCAGCCGUCUCUCAGACACCUGUUGUGGCUGCUCAAGCGCAGCCAGUUUGUAUUGGAGAUGGUCUCGAUGCUUUGUCUGCCGGACUUAUAGAGACUAUUGUCAUUCCUAGUGCUAUCGGACUUCUCCUAUGGUUAUUAUUUGCUAUUAUUCGACCGCGUUUUCGUGAAAUAUAUGGUCUACGCGAAUGGUUUCCGCCUCCAGACCUCCGACCGAAACCCCUCGGCGAUAAAUUAUGGACUUUCCUAUUUCCUCCUGUCCCCCUUGUACCCGCGGUUCCCAAAGACGUCUCCGAUACUGGUAGAUCUCCUGUCAAAGACGCCGAACUCUUCCCAUCCGAUGAACAGCUCAGUCAACGGACCUUGUGGAUGGCUUUUCUCGUUGUCCUCGGAUGGUCUGUCGUCGGCCUCGCUGGUGCUCUGCCGCUCUAUCUUGUAUCCACCUCUUGUAUGGCGAACUCUGCCCCACAUGCGACCUAUAUUGGCGUAUACUCCGUGCUGCAAGAUCUGAGCCUGUUGCGGCUUCUUCAAUAUUAUGACAGUCAGGGUUCCUCCAUCCGGACCAUCCCCACAUUUGUCAAGCGGGCUCCAGACGGAAGCAACCAGUUGACCAAUGCACGCAUACGCAUAAUCAUCCUCACCGUUCUUCUGAUCGUCCUAGCUGUUAUCCCUGGCGUGUGGAAGAUCCUAAAAGAAUUCAAUCGUAUCGUUGCAUAUCGAGAGCGUUGGCUUAAGGUCCGCUGCGGGGGUAUGGAUCUUGCCUGGCUGAGCGCCAGACGAGCUCCAGGAUUCCGCGGAUGGGGGGAACGCCGACUGAAGGAAUUUAUCGUCAAGUCUGGCCUAAGUUCAAGUCUUGAGACGGAGAACACAGGCAAUCGGCGGCGGGUGCGUAAUGCCAGCGAACAGCCCCUAACCCCGGUCGAAGAGGAAAGCCUGGAAGUGGAUAUCCAGGGUUUGUUUUCUAUCGGGGAUACACGCAACUUAGCUAUGCUGAUCGAAGAGAGAGAUGAAAUAUUGGAAAACCUUGAGAUUGCAGAGACAAAAUACAUAUCGUCGUUCAGACUAUCAACUCCUGACCCCUCCAUCGCGGACUUAGAACCUACCAAAGAGGAAGGGCCACACGACGGAAAGAAACCCUACAUUAGUAGACCCCUUCCUCUAGGUGCGGGUGCCCGCAGAAAUAGCCGUAGGAAUCGUGCACGGAAUCCUGCUUAUGGUUCUUCUUCCCUGACGCCUACUUCAUAUGUGGCUCCGUCGCAGUACUACAAGUUAGGCAACCUUCGAGGUGUCAAUAGCGAUCACGCCAGCGACGCAUCCCAAGUGUAUCCGAGUCUGUCCGAUUCUAUAAACCAGCGGGUCGUGGGGAGUCGAUUCCAGGAAAUCAGCAAUCGCAACUCAGGCCUGUAUGGGACGUUACCACUGGGGAGUCAUGUGAAGCUGAAGUCCGGUGAGUUACGAAGGGUGGAUACUACCACCAGCGAGCAGACUAUACCGGACCCUUCGAGGUACGGUCCCAAUUACGGUGCUGAUGCCGAAAACACGACCGCCAGUCACUAUCGGGGCGGUGGUACUGAAGUGACUGAGGAGUUAGGCGGGAUAGAUGAGGGGGACGAAUGGGUGGACGUGAUGCACGAGCCACCUCAAACAUUCGAGAGGCAAGACUACUUCGGUGGAUACGCCCCCCUGUCAAGGAGACCACCUCGGUCGAUGCAGACUCCACCCGUAGAGCGGCGGGAGACGUUCCCUCUUCGAGCACGGAGUCAAGUUGGCACUGUGGACCAGCCACCGCCUCAUCUGCGGCUCCAAUCUGGCGGACCGUUUGUCCGCCCUCUUUCAGGGCUCGACCACGAGAGCUUGGGAGCAAUCUAUGCGGAUAUCAGUCGGUGGCGCACUCAACUGAAAGCGGUGAACCAAGAGAUCGCGGAAGCCCAACGAGACGGUUACAACGACAUCGCGGAAGGGGCCAGGAUCAAAGGUUGGCUGUUGGUGGGUAGAGGAUUAAGGUUUAUACCAGGCGCAAAGAUCAUAGAGGGCCGUGCCAAAGAGGACAUCAGGUGGGACGAACUUCAACAUGAAAUGAGUCAUGAAGGCAAGGUCUUCGCUUGGAUUGUGCUUGCUGUCACGUCGAUCAUCCUGGCAGCCGCUCUGACCGCUGUCGCCGGAUUGGCCUUAGGCAGCGCUCCUGAUUUUGCGCAUUACUUCCCCUUCCUUGCGCCGCUCGCUGGACGUAACGAUUGGACGGCUGGUCUGGCGCUCUGUCUGGCUCCUGCCGUUGCUGGUUCCUUGUUCAUAUGCAUGGCCCUGACUGUCACAGUUUAUGUUGCACAGGCGACCGGGGCGGUGUCCAUCUCCGGCCUGGAGAUGAUAACGUUCAAGACCUGCUUCUAUGUUCUAACAGCAGUGGGCGCCAUAUGGCUGAUCACUAUUGGAGCCGUCCUCUUUGCCAUGAGAGCCUGGAGCAUGGAUACCGAGCGCACUCGCAGUGUGGCUGACGGCUCGAUAUACAUGAGUUUUCUGGCGUUGAUGUUCAUUCUGAACGUCGCUAUCAUCUCUCCUGCUCUUCUCUUAUUACAGCCCGGUCGCCUUCUGCGCAUUCCCGCUUCUGAGAAACAUGCUGUUACCCCUAGACAGCGAUUCCGAGCUGUAUAUCCAAGCACGUAUAACGCUUCAUUUGCGACGGGAUGCUGUAUAAUAGGGUUGAUUUUCGCGUCAACCUUCUCCCUAAUCUUCCCUCUCAUUGGACCAGCAGUCGUUAUCUUGAUCUUCCUCACUCUGAUCGCUCAUCGAUAUCUCGUCGGUUACGUCUAUGGGAGGACACGUUCUCAAACCGGGGGUCUCCUACAAUUAUGGCUCCUGAAGCGUUUCGGCACAUUAGUCGCCUUCCAACCUUUCCUAAUGGGUCUCAUCUUCCUGACCCGAAGGCUGUGGCCCGAGGCUGGCGUACUGCUAGGUGCCGCCAUGGUCGUGGUCAUGAUCGUGGAAGGCUAUGCUACGUGGAAGACGAGACAACCCGGCGUCAGCUCCUUAAGUAAUGUCACGAGGAACUCUUUGGAUACCUUCGGGAGGAUGGCGCAAUCCCGGCGUCUGGAGCUGGAGGAGGAAAGCCUGAGCUUGGUGAGCUCGUCGAAUAGGAAUACCAGGAUGCGGGGCUCCUUCGCGUCCGUACUAGAGAUGAUGUCCAUGACCCUGGCAGUUGCUCCAGCGCUCACGCGCCAAAAGGGCCCGGUUCCAUUGCCGACCGAGACAAUAGACGACCUCACCGCGACGGAAAGGGCGGCAAGAACACAUCCCGAUGCCCCGCCGCACCUUCCACCGCUCUCCUUCGCUGAUCACGCACAAGAGAUGUCUGGCGUCUUGUACGCACCCGAGCUCCUCGCCCCAGAGCCCAUCAUUUGGCUUCCGAACGAUUCGUCUGGGAUCGGUCGCUCCGAGGCACGCGACCUCGACAAAUACCAUCACCUGAAAGUUACGUUAGACGUGACGGCGCAAGAGGAUGUGCUCGCCCCCCACCGUUUGUCUGCCUCAAGGUAGUGCGUGAUUGUUGGACCUUCGGACACUCUUCGGACGUUUAGAGACGAACACUUUGCCCUAGUGUUUCGCUAAUUUUGCUUCGGGUUACCGGGUGGAGGACUGCUACCUAAUUUGCUCCACAUUUGUAUUCUCCCUGGAUGCGACACCUUGAUAUCUUCUGUAGCUUACGCCACUUCGCUGAACAAUUGUACUUAUGCUGAUCAUGAUACUAAUGAUGACUGAUUACUACU